GCAUGAUUUGGCUUCCAUGGUACUGUGCAACACAGUGCCCAAUUGACAGUGGAAUUGUCCCAAAUCUGAGCCAGCAGUAUGCCUGUCACAAACAAUCCCACAGCGAAUCAAGAGAGAGGGUCUCAAAUUAGGGCUUUGUUUCUGAUCAGAGGGUUUAUUUCAUUCAGGGUUUAAGGAAAGUUUGAAGGACUUAAAACUUUCAUUAACUGCUAAAACUCAGGUAUAUUUUUCAGGGUGAAAGACUGGAGAUAGAGGAUAAUACUUGUAUUAAUAUGUGUGCUUGGGAUGGAAACCAGUUUACAGUUUUUUUAAACCUUUUAACCUAUUGCCUUUAAAAAACAAAAGAAAAACAUCUGUUUGUGAAUGUAUUGUACAUGAUUAGGAUUGAGGUUGUAGACUCAACAUGUGCAAGCAUAGCACUGGGAUGAUCAAAAGAUGUUUACAAUCAUGUCAUACCUUUUUUGUUUUUAAGAAGGUAGAUGUAGAAAAUGGCAAAAUUCUUCCUCUACAAUGUGAUAGUGCUGCCUAUUGGUAGUUUGGAUUUGAGGAAUACUUACUAAUGGAUCACAUUUAUUCAGGAGAAAGCACAGUGUUAGAUCUCCUGCCCAUGGAUUGUGUGCAGUACUGCUGUAGGAAGAAAGGAACUGGAAUUUUCAGAAUAUUGGGAUUUUUAUGUGAGAUGUAGCAUUUGUUUCAUCAUUUCCGAGAUUCACCCAUAUAUCAGUCAAUAUUGAAACCAUUGUCUCUAAAAUCCUAAGAUAGGAAGAAAUCUUGCAACAGCAUCUUUAGUAAAGCCCAGUGAUAAUAAUAUUAGACAGGAAAUGAUGCAUACUAAACUAUUUAAGUGUGAUUGGCCCCAUGCUCUGAUUAGUGCAACUCAGAAAUAGAUCUCCAUUUAAAUUUCAGCAUUCUAAGAGGAUCCAGAUACGCUGUUGGGGACAGACAGCAUUUGAUUCUAUAUAUGGUUAUUGAAGCAUGUAUGCUAGAAGAGAUGAAAAUGAAACUAUGAAAUCACCUAUACAUUCACACAGUUCAUUUAAUAAUUUCAGGUAUCACAGGACAGCUUACACAUUAGCUCAGUCUUUCACAAAUAAGUUUCUGAAUCAACCAAUGAAUUGGAGUUUGGUGGCCAACAAAUCUAAGUACAUAAAUAAUAGCAAACCUACUUGUAAAUGGCUUAUAGAAAAUCUGCCAAAUACAUCAUGCUAUAAGCAAAAAUAAUGAAAGUAGCAUUGCAGAUUUAUAUGAUAAUACUUGAAUUUGUUACAAUGAUAUUUAUUAUUUCAGUGUGAAUGCUUGGAUUAGUCUAAUAUGGUGCUUUGUUCUAACUUAAUGAAUCUGAAAAAGGUAAACAAUUCUCCCAGAGAUUGUUAAAAUGUUCUAUUGACAUAUAAUUUUUCCAUUGUUAAUUAGAUUUUAUAUAAAGAUACGGGGUAAGACAGUGCUUGUCCUCAUCCCUUAGCCUCUACUCCUCCCACUGUUUGUGACUAAAUAGAAAAGUUCCAAUAUUUAUUUGAGUUUCUCUGCUGCGUUCUACCUGGAGUGACUUCAUACCAAACAUGAAAAGCAAUGCAGAAAUGAGAAAAAUGUUCUGUGUCCCAUCCCUGUUGCAGUCCCAAAACCAAAUUAAAGACAAGCAGAUUCACAGUCAUAACCAUUUCAGACGACCUGAUGCAGUUAAGAACAGCUAGCAUCUUGUCUGCUAAGCAACUAAUACAACUGUUAGGGGCAGUAAUUUUCCUAGGAACAUGUUAAAAGAAAAGAAAAAUAUAUUUUCUUACAUAUACCUUAUUCAUCCCAUGUAACUUUGGCAUGCAAAUUAUUUUUAAUUAUUUUACCAAUUUCUAAGAAACUAAAAAGAAUAACCUAAUUUUAUAAACUGGUAGGCGAAGAACGUAUAAAAUUGAUGUAAGAUUUCAAAGAGCCCAUCUUUAGUUAGCAUUCUAAAGCAUUCUGUUCUUCCAUUUCAUCUCUUCUAGUACGUUAGUUUGGAAACGCAUUUCAAAGGCAUUGUAUUCUGCUCUUUGAAACAAAUUGGUUGGUUAUGGGGCAUGCUUAGAAAGGGAAGACCCAACUGCUCAAAACAAGGAAGCAGGGUUUUGGUUGUGAAAAGUCUGCAAUCAGCUUAUCUGGAUGAACUUAAAACCAUCCCUCCAUAAACAUUUAGGGUAACAGUGUAAUCUGUCAUAUCUAUUAAGCAUGUGAUUUUUAGUUACUUCUAGGGAGCCAAUGAAUUAGGGUUUUGGCUUUAUUUCAUUAAAAAAGGUUUGCUUUUCAAAUUAUUAUUUUCAAAUUAUUAUAAAUUAUCUUGUACAGUCAAGAUCAAUGAAUAACACAGCUAGAGCUUGUCUGAUCAUGGGUUCAGGCCUUACGCUUGCUGUGAUGAAAGAGCCGUCUAAUGCAAUAAUCUUCUCACUCCAACCUAUCUGUGUCUGCUUACCAGUUAGAUGGGGUGCAGAAUAUUUCACCUGUGCAAGAUCUUUGCUUUUCAUGUGGAAAUAUUUUUUUUAAAUCCUGUUUGCUUUUCUCUAAACCUUUGGGAAUAGAGUAUGGUAGAAAAUAAGAUUGUGGGAUCAUUUAGAAUAAUGCUUUUCAAAAUGAAAAGUCUUGGUGGUUAAAGUUAACUCAUGUAAUCACUACUUGAAAUGUGUUUCGCCUCUGCUCCCCAAAAUAACUACUUACAUAUUAGCAAUUUGAGGGUUUUUCCUCCUUACUCAUGGUUAGAAUUUUAAAAUAAACCUUUGGUAUUAUUUACCAGCAGUAGUAUUUUGUUAGUUAUAUAUGUUUUACUCCAACUGGUAUCUCCUAUUCAAUAGUGAUUAUUGUCUUAACGGCAAGUUAAAAGUUUUCUUUUAUCAAGAGGUGGCUGUUAAUUUAAUGAGCUUCUGAAUUCUAAACCUUGAUAGAAGAGAAUAAUGAUAAGAUAGUUUACUUUUCUUUGAUCCCAAAUCAGGAUUUUUUGGCUUUCAAAGAAAAAGAAUUAUUAUGUUAUAUAAAUGCAUAGACAUAUUACUCCUUUGUUAGUAUAUCAUUCUGAACCUACUUAAGAUUUAUUACCAUUUUACUAAAAGGUUUUCUCAGUGUAAGUCAAUGUUACAAUAUGUUCUAUGUAAUUAGUCCCACUGCAUUUUUCUUCAAACAAAUUUUAAGUAAAGAGCCUUAAGAAAAGAGUUCUUAAACACCAGAGAAUGUAAUUAGUUUUUUGCUUGAAUUCAAAUUCUAUCUAGCACAGGUGGAAGGAAAUAGGAAGAAGGCCCAACUUCUGGGUUCUCUUGAGUUUUCACCAAAUUAUGCCCUGUAGUGGCCUUUAUAAGAGUUAAGGAAGCUGGACUUUCUUUCCUCACAAUGAAGUAUGAGCAUUGUAUAAAGCAUCUUUUAAUGCUCACCUUUACUACUAUGUUCAGUUUUUAAAGAAAAUAUAAACUAUUUCCCCUGAUUCAGAGGUAACUUCCUAUAUGUUUAAAUUUGCAGUGGUGAAAUUAUGAGGCAGUAAUAGAAGGUGACAGUUUAUAAUGUCAGACUAGGCAAGCACUCUGGGGAACAAGUAGGAAAAGAUAUGUAGAAGCACAUCAAAAUAGGAUGUUUAAAUUCUACCUAGAAAAAUGGAAGAUACGAGAUUCCAAUAAGGAGUCUUUAGUAACAGGUCUGCAUGAAUACAUAUGCCAGUGACAAGGAUAAUUUAAUGAGUGCAAGUAGGAGAAAGGUGAGAACAUUCAUCUCGAUACUCCCUGUGAGCUUCAAGGGUGCUUGAAAGCAGUGAUGGGUUUGAAAGCCUAGCAUAUCUGAAUACAUAAUUUCCUCACCGUACUGUGAAUCUGAAAGAAAAGCCGUAGGUUAGCCUGCUCUUCACACUGAAUUUCAAAGACAUAUUUUAGCUGCUAAAGCCAGCUAAAAUCUUAGAACCAGAUGAUAAUCUUUUGAGUCAGAGGAGUUCUUAUUAAGAAAGGUUUUGUCAACAAUUUGCUUUGUCAUACUUUUAAAGAGAAUUUAGAUGCUGAUAAGCUGUAAAAAGGUAAAACAAAUAUGUGUCUUGAGCACGGAUCUGCCAGGUGUAAUUGGCGGGUCCUACAGUGCAGAAUUCAUUCAGUCCUGGAUAUCAAGAGAAUAGCCGUUACCUCUAAGGCAGCCUUUCCUAACUGAUGUUCUCCAGAUUUAUGGACCUACUAUUCCGAGAAUUUCUCAAUUGACAUGGCCAAAAGUAUCAAUUUGGAGGAAGGCUGCUCUCCAUGAUCAAUGACUCCAUCAAAAUAAGACAAAAUCCUUAAGUCCUUUAUAUAAACCUUUACAUUUAGCCAUCAUCUUAGCUGAGCAUAAAAUGUAAAUUUUUCACUUAGCUGCAACUUCAUUUAAAUUAUAUCAGGUUCUAAAUGUGACAAUUAUUCAUUCUCCCAAGAAGUAUAAAUUGCAAGUUAGAUGUAAUAAUUCACUAUAUGACCUGCUUAUUCUGGUAUUUUGCUUUUUCAUAAUAGUUUGAUGCUAGAAGCUAGAAGAAUUACUUAGCAACAAAGCACAACAAUAAUGCUGCUUUCUCCUGGUUUACUAGGUAGCUGAAAAAUUUAAAUGGGAAGCAUUUUGUAAGAUUCUUAAGGUUGCAAAUUAGAUUUGGCAGUUGUUAGUUGAACCUCAUUGGAAAUAUUAACACUGAAAUAGAAAUAUUUUUUUCUCCAAACUUUCUACAUUUUUAAAGUAUCCAGUUGUUUCAUUGUUAAUUGCCCUGUUUAUUUUUUAUCUGCACAGCUGAAUUUUUCCAUCCUAAAUAAAAGGAAAAAAGGUUUUCUAAUUUGGAGGAAAAAAGAAAUGGAGACCAGUUGUGGGAAAAUAUUUGUGGUAUAAAUAUGUCAAUAUUCUGAUUUUGAGCUGGCAAUGUUUUACCAAUCAUAACCAUUCCUAAAAUUUUGUGUCUUGGGUCAAGCAUUGUAUGGGUAGAAAGGAGCUAUUUUAUUGUAAUUAAGAUUGUAAAGAAUGUAAUUUGUCUGUUAAAGUCAGAGAAAGGGAAUGUUUCUUUUUAUGAAUGCUAGCAUCUAGAUAAUGUUUUUGGUCUUGGAAGCCUUGCACAUCAAAUCCCAGUCUCCAUGAAGCAUCAAUACAAUUUUUAGUCUACAGAACUAUGAGUCAUUAUUGUAAGAGAUCUCUCACCAUCAAGCUGUGAAAAUAUCUAACAAACCCUGGCAAGAGACUGACAUAGUCUGGGCUAUGCACAACAAUGAACUUUCCACCCCACCACAGAGUGAACUUGUGCUGCAGAAGCUACCAUCAGCCCAUUGUUUAGAGACAACACCAUGGAUGAAAGCAACGAUCCCCAUAUCUUCCUCUGUAUUUAUCACCUGGAGCUCAGGUACCUCAUUGCUCCUGAAAAGCCCUGGUCAAUUCCCUUGUCCAUGGACUAUAGUAUCAGGGAUCCUUUCUUUCCUCUUUGGAAACAGCAAAGAGCUAGGUUUGAACUUUCCUGGUCAAUACUGGAAAAGGGAAUACUAUUUAUUUUUAUAUUGUUUAUAUUUUCUCUUGUCCUACUGAUUCCCUGGCAGUGACAGUUACCUCAAUAGCUAGUUUAAUAAUGUGUGUUUGGAUAAUUUUUAAAGGUUCAUUUUUUUAAAAAAAAAGAGUUUUGAUCUUUAGAGAUCUGUAGAUUUUAUUUCCAUAAGAAUGUGUUAUUUUGUAUAAAAUAUGUUCUUAAAAUAGUAUUUGGUCUGUGUGUAUCUGAGAGAGUGUGUGGGGAAUGGAGAUGAGAAUCUCUAGGAACAUUAAACAAUAGCUUUAUGUAAAUCAGAGCAAUAGUUUGUCUCACCUUUAUCUCUAGAGACUGGCACCAUCUCUAGAUUUUCAGGCAGUAGCCUUUCCUAAAAUAGUUACUUUAGACAAUUUUGCCUGGAGAGGCUGAUAAUUAAAUCUGAGAAUUUUUUUUUAAUACAAAACCAUGCGACUUAACCACUGAGCUACCAGAUCUGUAUUAUUAUUAAAUUUUAUUUGGCCAAUAGUGAUAAAAUCCUGCUACAUGAUACUUAUUAAUUUCUGUUGUACAAAAUGUAGAAGGUAUAGUGUUAAUAAUUUUAGAGUAAAUUGGAAAUUUCUUAACAUUGUCAAAUCACUUAUUCAAUGCAGGAUUUGCAAGAGAGCAACUAGUGGUGUGAUCAAGGCAUUCUUUUCUUCUCAUCAGACAUAGAUUUGUAUGUAACUGUUUUUGAUUUUAGGGAAUAGUUUUGCCCUUUCCAGGAGAUAAAAUGGUGCAAAUUACUGAGGCCAGAAUAGCAAAACUGACCCAACUAUAUACACCUAUACCGUCUUUGUUUCAGUUAGUAUUUUGGUUAUCCUUCAAAAUAUAUUCUUUUAGCAAUUAUGUUGAGUUGUUUAUAAAAUACCAUAUGAAAAAUCUUUAAUUUCAGCAGAUUUAUGUGACAAAUAGAUAAUUAUAAUACCAGUUUGCAAAAAAAAAACCCAAAGUGCUCUGAAAGGUUCCUGCAGAAUAAAGAAAAAGAGAGGGACAUUUUGAGGGAAAAAUGACCACAACAGAAAUUCUGGAUCACAUCUGAGAAACUAAUAUUAAACAUGAGGUGUUGUGUUUUUUUUUUUAACUCUGGAGAAACAGCACCCAGCAUCCAUUCAGGAAGACUUAAUGAGGAAGUAACGGGAGUGAUGAUUGUUUAAAAAGCCAGAGCCGUAGCAUGUUUCUCUUCUGCAUAAAGUAACCAAAGAGAUCUGUAAUAUUCAUCUGCCUUGGCAAAGUUGCCUAUGGCAGUGAUUCCUUUCCUGUUGGGUGGAGCAGUCUCUGCCCCCCUUUCUUCAGCAGCCCAGCCAGUAAAUCACAUGCUGUUUCCUUUUUCCCUCUCCAUUGUAAAGCCUACGCGUCUAGGGACUGUAAAAAGUUUGCAAUCUUUUUUUGCCAGUGCAAGAAUUCUGUGCCUACCUGGCAUAGUAAUAGGAGUGGUCCAUAACUCUUCAUUAGCAUAGAGCAGGCUGCAUGGUGUGCGAGCAAUCACCGGUUCCUCCCCAAAGGGUCUUUUUCUUCAAAAGAAGUCUUGCCAAUGAAUGUAUUUCCCAUGCACUGAUAUUAAUACAAGCUGCUGUUAAAAAGUGUCUUCUCUGUGGCUGUAAGGACUACUUUUACAAAACGCUUAGAUUCACUCUGGAUCUGUUGUUGCCGAAGAUCACUGACUGAAGUGGAACCCUGACUAUAACUGGCCUGCUCUGCUAUCUAUGCAAUCAGUACAAAAAGCUUCAAAAAGAUUUUACUGCAAAUUUCCUUUGCACCCACACAGCAGCUGGCGACAAUGAGGAAGUUCUGCAUUGGCUUUUUCAGCCAGGAUUCCAGAUGUGAGUCAGAUGCUUAAAAAUGAGAGAGGAGGAAGGGAGGAACCCAACGGCUUGAAAAUAAGGAAGUUAAAUAAAGACAGCAAAGACAGUGUUCCUUAAUGUCAAAGAAUUUCCUGGGUCUGUUGUAGCAGCAGCCGCCAUCACCCAAGGAAAAUGACAAGCAAGAAGAUCAGCCUUCCAGCAAAAUUAAUCAAUGGAGGUAUAGCUGGCCUUGUGGGGGUAACUUGUGUAUUCCCCAUUGAUUUGGCCAAAACCCGUCUCCAGAAUCAGCAAGGACGAGCAGUCUACACAGGCAUGCAAGAUUGUUUGGUGAAGACAAUACGCUCAGAAGGGUUGUUUGGCAUUUAUAGAGGGGCUGCUGUAAACCUCACUCUUGUCACUCCUGAAAAGGCGAUCAAGUUGGCAGCCAAUGAUUUCUUCCGACAGUUGCUCUCCGUGGAUGGAAAAGAAUUGUCAUUGGCCAGCGAAAUGCUGGCUGGCUGUGGAGCUGGGACAUGCCAAGUGGUGGUCACAACUCCGAUGGAAAUGUUGAAAAUUCAGCUUCAGGAUGCUGGACGGUUAGCUGUUCAUCAGCAGAAAGCCCUGGGGCUGGAGGAAAGAACUGCUGCCUCUUCUCACCCACCACAAGGACAGCCUUACACCACUGGAACUAUGGCGGCCUCCAAACGCCCUUCUGCCACUAGAAUUGCAAGUGAACUGCUGCGCACCCAGGGGAUAGCAGGCUUGUAUAAAGGGCUUGGGGCCACCCUACUCAGGGAUGUCCCUUUUUCCAUCAUUUAUUUUCCACUCUUUGCCAACCUUAACAAGUUAGGACAAAAGACCUCUGAAGAAAAAGCAUCUUUCUUUCAUUCGUUUCUGUCUGGCUGUAUGGCGGGAUCUCUGGCUGCAGUUGCAGUAACACCAUUGGAUGUUCUAAAAACUCGCAUCCAAACUCUGCAGAAGGGACUGGGAGAAGAUACCUACAAUGGAAUCAUUGACUGUGCCAGGAAGAUCUGGAUUCAUGAGGGUCCUUCCGCUUUUAUGAAAGGAGCAGGAUGUCGUGCACUGGUGAUAGCUCCCCUCUUUGGCAUAGCCCAAGGAGUCUAUUUCAUUGGCAUUGGAGAAUGGAUCAUGAGCUUUUUCCAAUAGCGCCAUCUUGCAGUUGAAGACGACUCUGGGUUAAAUUUGCACAAAUUCCAAACAAUCACUUGAAAACCAACAGAACCAUCUUGGGAGCAUUUUUGUGGAUCAUAAACCACCAUCCAGGAAAGAUGGCCUAGAAGGAAUACCAAUCCCAGUGUUCACCAUUGCUUCUUUUUUUAUUAUUCCGCAGAUGACUUUCAGCAAAUUAGAAUAUAGAAGUUGUGCUUCUAAAUACACACAUUCUGGGUAAAUCUUCAUUGGAUUAAUUACAUCUGACAGAGCAUUCUUUGAUUGAAAGCGUAUUUGAAAGCUAUAGCAUCUGUAAAAACAACUGAAAUAGCAAAUGCAAUACAAGUAGUAUUCAACUGAAGACCGUAAUGGGGCCUGCCCAUUACAGUCGCAGAUGUUGGCAGCUCUUAAGUGAGAUGGCCUUGCUUAAUAACUUUCACUAUCUGCUUGCCUUGAUGUGGCCAUUAAAUGAAAUGCAUGAGUUGUUAAGCAAAGCACGGGGUACCUCAGGGGUGGGGGGAGACCCGGGACAGGCCCAGGCCCACCUGCCCUAGACUUCCCAAGCCUCCCCUACCCCAAGGCAUCCCAUGCUCUGCUUCUUGGGGUCCCUGCAGGCCUUUGUCUGCUUCUUACCCAGCCCCUUACCCAAAGGGGCAUAAGACGGCUACUGGCACGCAGGGGCUUUCUUUUCACUCAGCCACCCAAGGAAUUUGCAGGACUCUGCCUGCUCCUCAGCCAUCUUCAGGGCCCAGCAGCACCCAAGUUAUCUGUUUGUUUGUUUUUUACAAAGGCUCCCAGCUGGAAUGAUGCAAGGAUCAGCUUUCCCUACAGACGCUAUCUCACGGCAACCUUGUGCUACAGUAUUCUGCAAGCAGGCACGAUUGUUGCGAGCUUAUAGGCCGGGGGCUCCAUUUUAAAGGAGGCUCCACAAACACUUUCCAAAAUUAGAGCCUCUGUAAAAAAUUUUUUAAAAACGGAGCCCGCUACAGGCUUCUGACAAUAGUACCUGCUUUUAGAAUAGCACAAAGUUGCCUUUAUGGUAUUUUUCUCCAAGGAUGCAUCUAGGCCACAUCAUUGCGACCCAUAAUCAGUUCCUGUCCAAUUGUGAAUGGUCUACCACCACCAGCACCACCACCACCACCAAAAGGAGCUUUAGGCUAGACUGGAAGUUAGAAAAACAUCCUGUAAGAAAGCAAUGGCAAACUAUUUCAAUACUGUUGCUGAGAAAAACUAUGUGCUUAUAUUCAGUGGAGCCACAUUUGACUCGAACAAGUGUUUAUAUAUAUAUAUUUAUACCUUUCUAUCAUUGCGUGCAUAGGCUUUAUACCUCUUAUUUGUGCCUGGUCCAAAAUGUAUAGAAGUUUUAGUUGCAUAGAUUUACCAUUCACUAAUAUUGGCGACAAAUUCUUCCUGCAGCACUGCCAGUUUUUUAAAGGAUAUUAAAAAUAAACUGAUCCAGAAUAUUA